UCUUUCUGCCUCUUUCCACUCUUCGAUUCGACAUCAUCGCGCUUCACCCUCCCGCCUCACCAAUUCCACCUCCAUCCUCCUCCUCCAACCUGGACCAACUCGAUCCUGCCAGGUUGACAGAUCUCAGCGUCUCGGUCGCUGCACCACAUUCCACUCUGCCGCAGCUCACCUCCCCUUGACGAUCCACUCCGAGAUCCACCUCGUCUCCCGACUUCCGACUUCAUCCUUUGCUCCUCCCGGAGGAACACUAGAAUGUCCGACGAGGCAAAGGACGAUAGACGCAUCUCAUUCAACUCCAUGGAUUCGGACAAUACCCUCUCCGGUACCACUCGCGCUCAAAGUAUGGAGGAAGCACAUCGAUUACUGGCCAAGGAGGAGCCACGCGACAUUGAAGCGCAACAGCAGUUCGAGCAAUUAUCCCUCCCGCAAACACCUACCACUCCCAUGGAAUACAGCGUUUCUACCAACCGAAAGUUUCUCUACCUUGGUUUAUAUUUUCUCCUCAAUUUGAGCGUUACUCUUUCCAACAAGGCGUUAUUGAAGAUUGCAUCAUACCCAUGGCUUUUGACCUUCUCUCACACGUGUGCGACGUCCAUCGGCUGCACCAUUCUCCUCGCAACAGGCCACCUCAAACUCUCAAAACUUCCUCUCCGCGACCACCUGGUCCUCAUCGCCUUCUCGACCCUCUUCACCCUUAACAUUGCGAUCAGUAAUGUCUCACUCGACCUCGUCUCCGUCCCCUUUCACCAAGUCAUGCGCUCCACCUGUCCCAUCGCCACAAUCCUCAUCUACCGCCUCGUCUACUCCCGGACUUACUCUCACGAAACCUAUCUCUCCAUGAUACCUCUAAUCAUCGGCGUCGCCCUCGCCACUUUUGGAGACUACGACUUCACCCUCCCCGGCUUCACCCUCACUGCUCUGGGUGUACUCCUCGCCUCCAUCAAAACUGUCGCAACCAACCGCCUCAUGACCGGGUCUCUCAAAUUGUCCGCUCUGGAGGUCCUCUUCCGCAUGUCGCCCCUCGCCGCAAUCCAAUGCCUCCUCUACGCCGCCGGGUCAGGGGAACUCUCUCGCUUGCAAGUCACUGCCGCAGACGGACUUCUCACCCGUGGCUUAUUGUCUGCCGCUGUCUUGAAUGCGAGCAUGGCGUUCGGAUUGAACCUGGUCUCCUUCCAGACGAACAAAGUCGCCGGCGCGUUGACGAUAAGCGUGUGUGGGAAUGUCAAGCAGUGUUUGUCGAUUUUGCUGGGAAUUGUGUUGUUCAACGUACGGAUUGGCUGGGUCAACGCCGUGGGAAUUGUGAUUUCAGUGGGUGGCGCGGCGUACUACAGCAAAGUGGAGUUGGACAUCAAACGAAAAACGCAG